AUGGCUGCCGGCAGCCCCAAAUAUCCUAGAAAGAGCGCCCCCAGGAGAAACAAGCUUUACUGCUAUGCUAUCAUCAAGUUCCCCCAGAUCACUGAGUCAGCCAUGAAGAAAGUAGAAGACAACACGUUUGUGUUCAUUGUGGACGUCAAGGCCAAUAAGCACGAGAUCAAACAGGCUGUGAAGAAGUUCCGUGACAUUGAUGCGGCCAAGGUCAACACCCUGAUCAGGCCCAAAGGGGAAAAGAAGGCAUAUAGCCAGCUGGCUCCUGACUACGGUGCUUUGGAUCUCGCCAACAAAACUGGGAUCAUCUAA